AUGUCCGAUUCCCAACUGCAGGCCGGCACGCUGGAAGAAGCACUUGACGCCUCCCGCGCUCAAGAGCUGGUUGCCCAGGCACUAAGUGGGAAGAUCCAGUGGCUGAACUUUGGGCUGGUGGCUUCUGAGGAGUUGGGGAUUAAAGAGUGUCAGGAGCAGAUGGCCGCGGCAAACGCUGCCUUUCAAUCUGCAGCACAUCAGCUGGCGUUGGCGCAGGUGAGGCAUCGCAAGGAGCGGGAGCAGCAUGCGGUGGAGGAGGCCCUGCUGCGCUCCGACUUCGUACCCAUGCAGCUGUUGCAGGAGGAGCAGCAAAGGCUCGCAGCGGUGCGGCGUGAGCACUUGGAGCUCCGGACCCGGCUGUCCGACACAGAGGCUGAGGAGCGCUUUGCGGCGGAGAGCUUGUCUCAGGCGGAGGAGCCUCAGAGGCUGCAGAAGCAGCUGGUGGAUUUGGAGGACUGGGCGGCCAAGACCGCCGCGGAUUUCCAGCGAGCUGACCAGAAGAUGGACGCGGUGCAGCGGGAGACCCAGACGCUCCAAGAGAAGGUGCGGCUUCAGCAAGAGCUCCGCUCUAAGCGCACCGCCGACUGGCAGCGCGCUGACGCCGAGGUAGAAGCUCGGGUGCAAGAUGCCUGGGCGGAGGAGAGGGCAUGGCUCUAG